GCGGCGACCGCCACAGUCUGCCUCCGGACUGGGCGCCGAGUACCACGCGUAUCCACGCCCGCUGUGCCCCACGCGACCGACGCCCGCCGCACCGCACGACCGCGACCCGCGACUCACCGCACCGCGACCGUCGGUGGUGCUCCGCGCGCAGCUCGGCGCUGCCGUCGCUUUUCCUCCCCCUGCCUCGCCCGAGCCGGCCGCGGCCACCCCCUUGCUCGAGCUCACCUGGCGCGCGCCGUCUGUUGGGGACGGCGGCGAUGAGGUGGUGACCGAGACGACGACGCCCCCCUCCUUCUCUUGCCGGUGCUCGUCUCGCCGCUCCCCGACGACAUGGCGAAGGACAAGAAGAAGAAGGCCGGGAGGAACGGUGCUGUCGGCAACGCAGCGGUCAACGGCAGCGCGGGUGGCGCAGCCCCCGCGGAGAUGGACACGCUGCUGCGGGUGCCGGUGGCAUGAACCGCGCCUGCCAGCUCGUCGGCACGAGGCACAUCCAGGCCCUCAUCAUGUUCUUCAGCGCAGCCGUCGCGUUCUGCACUCGGACCAACAUGUCGGUGGCCAUCGUCGCCAUGACGAAGCCACGGGAGGGACAGACGCAUUUUGACUGGGACUCCAGCCGCACCAGCCUGGUGCUCUCGUCCUUCUUCUGGGGGUACGUUGUGAUGAACAUCCCGGCGGGCCAGCUGGCGCAGCGCUUCGGGCCCAAGCGCUUCCUCGCCAUGUCCGUGCUCGUGUCCAGCCUCUUCGACCUGCUCAUGCCGGCGUGCGCCACCUACGGCGACGUGUACGGCGUGUGCGCGGCGCGCGUGGUUCAGGGCCUGGCGCAGGGCUUCCUCCUCACGGCCUGCUACGAGCUGCUCAGCAAGUGGGCGCCGCCCCGGGAGCGUUCCAGGAUGGUGGCCUUCUUCCUCGCAGCCCAGCCAUUCGGCAUCGUGGUCGGGCUCUCUGCCGCUGGCGCCUUGGCCGCGAGCAACGGUGGCUGGCCGUCCAUUUUCUACGUGACGGGCUCUCUGGGCAUGGUGGUAGGGAUCUGGAUACUGCUGGGAGUGGCCGAGUGCCCCGCACAGCAUCCUUCCAUGAGUCAGAAGGAGAGAGAAUACAUCCAGGAGAACUUCGGCAUCGCUCCGAGCACUGACCCAAAACGACCGACUCCAUGGCUUUCAAUAUUUACAUCCAUCCCUAUGAUCUCAUUGAUUUUGGCUCAUUGUGGUCACUCUUGGGCUUUCUGGACCAUUCUUACCAAAAUGCCCACAUAUUUGGACAAGGCUUUAGGAUAUAAAAUCCAAGAGAGUGGACUUUUCUCAGCAUUGCCUUAUGUUAUAAAGUAUUUUGUAAGCUUUGGAUUCGCUUGGCUCGCCGAUUUUAUGAAUAACCACCAGUACAUUUCUCUCAGUCUCAACAGAAAAAUUGGCAAUUCAGUUGGUUUAUGGGGACCAGCAAUCAUUUUAGUUGUUUUAGGAUUUGUUAAGAGUGAUUCCACAUCAUGUGUAAUUAUGCUCACAGUAGCUGUUGCGCUUAAUGGUGCAACAUAUGUUGGCUUCAAUAUAAAUCAUCUUGAUUUAUCGCCAAACUAUGCAUCAACCCUUUUUGGUAUCACUAAUGCUACAGCAAAUAUCAUGUCAUUUAUUGCACCUCUUGUGGUUGGUGCUGUGGUGCAAGAUGAGAAUGAUGUGACUCAGUGGCAAACAGCAUUUUUGAUUGCUGCUGCAGUUAGUUUUGUUGGUAAUCUUGCAUUCGUAAUUGGUGGUUCAGCUGUAAGGCAACCUUGGGAUGAACCUGUUAAAACCAAUACAGCUGGCGAUAUUCAUUUGACAGAGAAUGGAGCUCAAACUAGAAGCGCACCCACAACUCCAGAAAUCCGAGUAUGAUAAUCAAUGAAGGAUGACCACUACCUGAGCAAGAAAGCCCAGAAAAAAGACAGUGUAAAUUUUGUUGGAUUUUGAACUUGACAACAAGAUAGUCAAAUUUAUCUUAUUCCAAUGAAGAUUUAAGUGGUGAAAAUAGGAAUUAUUGAAGGAUAAAAAGAACUACAAUUAUCCAUCUUGAGGUUGUGAUUUAGCUUUUUGAACUGCACUACUUUUUAUGAGAAGUAUAUGCCUAGUUAAGAAAACGAAACUUCAAACUGACAAACUGUACAUAUUACCAGAUGCUGUUCAGAAACUAAUUAAACUUCUGCCAAUUUUACUGUUAGGCCUUAUGCUUCUUAAAAUUGUUUCUGUUUUUUUUUUUUUUUAAAUCAUCUCUAGCAUUGUUCUUGUACAUUAAUGUUCAGCGUCAUUCCGUUACGUCUGAGACACUUGCUCAAACCUGAAUUUUCACUCCAUUGUGUUGUGCCUAUGUAGAAAUCGCUUUUCUCAGGUCUAAAUACUAAGUGUCUUUUGGCUAUCUAUUUUGCAUGUUCAAGAUAGAAAAAAUGUCAUGAAAAAGUUUUCUAAGAUUUUUAGUGUACGAAGUAUUCUACUCUAAUUGUUUCUUCAUUUUAUGAUCAGAAAUGAAGAACUGUUCCUAUUGUAAUAAUUGUAGACAUUACUUGUGCCCACGCAGCAAAAACCAUUGGCCCCAUAUUGCCAAAUCUAAAUAACUGGUGACAUAUUUCAUAGUUUUUCUUUUCUUCCAUAACUAAUCAUACAUUCUCUUUGUGCUCUUUUGCAAGUAAAUGUUGAUUAUGUAUAUCUCUCUAAGUAUUAGCCACGAGAGUUUUAUAGAGUAACAAUCACCAGUUCAUAUGAGCAAGUGAUGCAUUUUAAAUACUGAAUUAAGGUAGGCUGAACUUUAUAGCCUGUGAUAUGUUUGUAGGUUUAAGCAAAUGUUUUUAUGGUUUUAGAAAGUAUUGAACAUUUAGUAUGAUUUAUUGAUAUAGUCAUCACAUAAAUUAAAUGUGUAUUUAAGAGUUGUCAAAAGCAGCAAUUUGGUAAAAAAAUAACUCUGCAUACUAGAUGUUGAAAGUGACUGCCCUGCAGUAGGUGCACCUGUACCUAGCAGUAUGCUGCAUUGUUCAUAUUUUUAUGACUGAUCAGCAGACAGGAACUGUGAUUUUUAUUAAUUGCAUUUUAAAUGAGUCAUUGGAAAUUUGAUUGAGAUUUCUUUUAAAAUAAAAUCAACAGUUUGUCGAUACAAGAACUGUCAUAAACAGAUGGGAGACAAUUACCACUUGUUCUUCUUAAUUAAUUUAAUGGCAGUGUAUCACAACAAUUCAAAGAAAAACAAAAAAUUCUGCCUCUAGAAGCACAUUCUUUUUUUUUUCAA